AUUUAUUACAAAUCCAAAAAAAGUAGUUGGAUUUGUUUUUGCUAAGAUGUGUAAGCACAGUAAUGUUAAAUGUCCAGUUCCUGCUGGAACUGAAAUUACUGCCACAGUGCCAGUUCUGAUACCAGACGCUUUAAAAAGUAAAGAAGGCUAUCAAAUUUUUGUUGAUCUUCCGGAUUUAGAUGCUUGUGCAGUUGCGGCAGUUGGCGGCUCAAGUCAAUAA